UACUUUAGUGUUUAUUAUUUCCUUUUUUUAAGUCACUAAGAAUGUUGGAUGAAGAAGAAGCAACUGAUAAUGAUUUAAGAGCAAAAUUCAAGGAACGCUGGCAAAGGACACCAUCGAAUGAUCUCUACAAGCCUUUAAGAGCAGAGGGAACCAACUUCAGAACAGUUUUGGAUAAAGCUGUGCAAGCUGAUGGACAAGUGAAAGAACGUUACCAGUCUCAUCGGGACACCAUUGCACUCCUGUGUAAGCCAGAGCCUGAGUUGAAUGCUGCCAUCCCCUCUGCUAAUCCAGCGAAGACCAUGCAGGGCAGCGAGGUUGUAAAUGUCUUAAAAUCCUUGUUGACAAAUCUUGAUGAAGUAAAGAAGGAAAGAGAGGGUCUUGAGAAUGACCUAAAAUCAGUGAAUUUUGACAUGACAAGCAAGUUUCUGACAGCUCUUGCUCAAGAUGGUGUGAUCAAUGAAGAAGCUCUUUCUGUUACUGAACUGGAUCGAAUCUAUGGCAGUCUUACAAAUAAAGUCCAAGAAUCUCUAAAGAAACAGGAGGGACUUCUAAAAAAUAUUCAGGUCUCACACCAGGAAUUUUCAAAAAUGAAACAAUCUAACAAUGAAGCUAACUUAAGAGAAGAAGUUUUGAAGAAUUUAGCUACUGCAUAUGACAACUUUGUUGAACUUGUAGCUAAUUUGAAGGAGGGCACAAAGUUUUACAAUGAAUUGACUGAAAUCCUGGUUAGGUUCCAGAACAAAUGUAGUGAUAUAGUAUUUGCACGGAAGACAGAAAGAGAUGAACUCUUAAAGUAAGUUCAUUUGUGUAUCAAAUUAUACUUAUAAGUAUUUUCUUUAAAAAAAAAUCACUGUAGAGCUGGCAAGGUGGCUCAUGCCUAUAACCCUAGCUAGUUCUGAGAUGG